AUGAGGGUGUCCUCGGGUUAUGCCAUUUUGGCAACAGGUCUUAUCUCAUCCGUUUCUGCUCAAGACGCAAACAUCACACUUGUUCCUGCAGCUACCGGUUUCGAAGGAGACAACACCAACUUCGUCUACAGCGCAUCACCGCGUCUGGUUGUGAACGAUGGCAGCGCAGCAGAUGGGGGUUUCCGAUCAUUUGCCUUCUCGAACGGAACUUCUCUUGUAGAAAGUUUCCAUGAAAAGAGUGGUCGAUCCAAAAUAGCGGUACCAGUUCACAACAUUGAUGGCCGCAAUCUCAUUGUCAAUAUACCCGCACCAGAUUCCUUGAUCAGGAUCUUUGAGGGUCAAACAGGAGAGAGGCUUGAAAGCAACAAUAAGAAACAGCUUGGUGAUUGGAGCGCUGCCUGCACUUGGCGUAGCGCAAAGAGUGGGGAAAGCUACAUCUUCCUGUUCGGAAAGAAAAUGGUAGUGCAGUUUUUGAUUCGAGACAGCAAAGACGAAGCAGAGAUCUUGGAGGUAAUUCAAACCUUUCCUAUCGAUAUCGAGGGCGAGAGUUGCUCUGUUUUUUCCAAUGGCCAAGUCUUCUUCUCAGCCGAGGACCGGCCAUUGUACUCGUUCCAGGCUUCGGAGACCACCGAAGCUCCGGCAAUUCAGACUGUGGCCAGCGACGUGAAGGUUGCUGGCCUAGCUACGUACCAUGGCAUCUCCGAGGACUACCUUUUCGUCGCUCAUGAUACGACGCUUGAUGUGUAUGAUGCGACGGUGAAACUAAGAGGAAGCAUUGCAUUGAGUGGAAUCUCAGAGCUAUCCAUUGAAGGAGGGCUCUCCAUUCUGCAAUCGCCUGUUGCUGGCUAUCCAUUCGGUGUUAUCGCAUUUGCCUUCGAAGGUGAGGAAGACACUGGCAUUGCUGUGGGCUCUCUCUCAGGUGCUCUAGCCUCCCUGGGUAUCCAACCCAACACCAAGUACAGUCCCGCAAGCAAGCCUUGCAGAGAUUGCGAGAGCGCCAUUUCGGAGGAUUGUUCCUACCAUGGAUUUGGUAAUGACCCAGAAUGUUCUUGCUUCGCUGGUUUCGCUGGUCGUGAUUGUUCUGAGACGGUCUGCAAGAAUGACUGUUUCGGACAGGGAAAUUGUGUUGGUCCUAACGUAUGCAGCUGCAAAGACCCAUGGACGGGACCGGAUUGCUCGUUUCUAGCCGUCAAACCCAAAUACGAGACUGAAGCUAACGGUGGCGAUGGCGAUGACCCAGCUAUCUGGAUACAUGCCAUCAAGCCGGAUCAAAGCAAGGUCAUUACCACGACCAAAUCUGAGGAAGGCGAAGGCUUUGGUGUCUUUGAUUUGCAGGGAAAGCUCUUGCAACACCUGACUGCCAGCGAACCGAACAAUGUCGACAUCAUUUACAACUUUACAGUUGGUAAUCGCACAGUGGAUCUUGCAUAUGCUGCAUGCCGUGGCGACAACACUCUCUGUCUGGUAGAAGUCAAUAGCACAGGCUAUCUUAGUGAGAUAUCAGGGGGUAUCCAGCCGCUCCCUGAAGACUACAAACCGUACGGGUCGUGCAACUACCGGUCCAAGGUCUCAGGAAAGGAGUACCUUUUCGUAAACAACAAAGCAGCCCAGUAUUUGCAAUACGAGCUUACGAGCAGCUCCAACGGUACCUUGAAAGCUACCCUCGUACGUGAAUUCCAAGGUGGUUCCGGCGGUCAGGUCGAAGGUUGCGUUAGCGAUGACGGCGCUGGAUACAUGUUCAUUGGCGAAGAGGGGUUAGGGAUCUGGCGAUAUGAGGCUGAGCCCAAUGGCUCUAAGACAGGUGUUCAAAUCGCCAAGAUAGGUGAUGACAGCGGUCUCCAAGCUGAUGUAGAGGGGCUCACGCUUGUGCCUGCUAAGUCUGGACUAGGUGGCUAUAUCAUGGUCUCGUCGCAGGGAAUUUCGUCAUACAUCAUCUAUGAGCGAGCACCACCGCACGCGCAUGUUGGCAAGUUCACUAUCGUGGACAACAAGGAAAAGGGGAUCGACCAUGUGAGCAAUACGGACGGAAUUGCUGCGGUGGGCAACGCACUCAACAAGGACUUUCCAAGCGGUUUGUUCGUUACGCACGACGAUGCUAAUGAGCUUGCUGAGGGAGGGACCGCGAAGGAGGCGAGCUUCAAGAUGGUGAGCUUGGUCGAUAUCUUGGGAGAGGAGAGAGCGAAGAAGCUAGGGUACUAGAUAUGUAUAUAUGUAGCAGAUGUCAUUACUGGACUGGUUUGAUCGUCUCAAUAGAGACCAGCUGGAAUGCUUAUGUAAUUACGCUAAGAGGAUG